AACUCUUCUCUUCUUCUUCUUCCUCUCUUCUCACUCUUACACUUCCUCGUUCGAAUCGAACUCCCUUCUCUCACGCGCCAUGAAAACUAGGGUUUAGCGUUGAUCCUCUCUCUCUCUCUCUCUUUCUCUCUCUACACUCAUUAAACAAUGGCUUCCUCAUCUCUACUCUUACUCGAACUCAAAUUUCUUGCUCCCAAAAUCACUCCCAAACGACGUCGUUCUCUCUCUAGAUUUUGCUCUCGCUGUUCCGUUUCUAGGAACUCUAGGUACAAUGUUGCUCUUCGCACGCGUGUUCGCGCCGUGAAGGAAGAAGGUGCUUUGAUUGAAAGAGUGAACGGUGUCAAAUGGAGUGGAAACGGAGCUGCUACAAGUGUUGCCACCGAACGCGGUGGUAAUGGCUCCGUUAACAGUGGGUUGGGCGUUAAGAGUGAAAAUGGCGAUGGAGUUGGGAAUGGAGGCUUGGUGAAGUACGUGAACGGCAAUGGCGUAGCGGCGGAGGUGGUGGAAAAUUCUGAGGAAGCCUCGAAACGGAGGGAGGAUGGGAGGAAGAAGAGGUUGGAGGAGAUUGGGAAAGAAGACGCGUGGUUUAAACAAAGUGGUGAAGCACAGAUUGAGGUGGCGGUUGCGCCUGGAGGUCGUUGGAGCAGAUUCAAGACUUACUCGAUAAUCCAGAGAACGUUGGAAAUUUGGGGAUUUGUUAUAACGUUUAUCUUCAAGUCUUGGCUGAAUAAUCAGAAGUUUUCUUAUAGAGGAGGAAUAACAGAGGAAAAGAAAACCUUAAGGCGGAGGACCCUUGCCAAGUGGCUGAAAGAGAGCAUUCUGAGAUUAGGUCCCACAUUUAUAAAAAUUGGCCAGCAAUUCUCCACAAGGGUGGACAUUCUUCCACAAGAAUAUGUUGAUCAGUUGUCUGAACUUCAGGAUCAAGUUCCUCCAUUUCCCUCAGAUACUGCAAUAGCUAUUGUUGAAGAAGAGCUUGGUGCUCCUUUAGUGAGCAUCUUUGAUCAAUUCGAUUACGAACCAAUAGCUGCUGCAAGUCUUGGUCAGGUUCAUCGAGCAAGAUUAAGAGGACAGCAGGUGGUUGUUAAAGUGCAAAGGCCUGGUCUUAAGGAUCUUUUUGAUAUUGAUCUUAAAAACCUGAGGGUUAUUGCUGAAUAUCUUCAAAAACUUGAUCCUAAAUCAGAUGGUGCAAAGAGGGAUUGGGUUGCUAUUUAUGAUGAGUGUGCCUCUGUCUUAUAUCAGGAGAUUGAUUACACCAAGGAAGCUGCUAAUGCAGAACUGUUUGCAAAUAAUUUUAAGAACAUGGAUUAUGUGAAAGUCCCUACAAUCUUUUGGGAUUAUACCACACCACAGAUUCUGACAAUGGAGUAUGUUCCAGGGAUUAAAAUAAACAAAAUACAAGCCUUAGAUCAACUAGGUGUUGACCGUAAAAGGUUAGGGCGAUAUGCUGUGGAGUCUUACUUGGAACAGAUUCUAUCACACGGUUUCUUCCAUGCUGACCCUCAUCCAGGAAAUAUUGCAGUUGAUGAUGUCAAUGGUGGAAGAUUGAUCUUUUACGAUUUUGGAAUGAUGGGAAGUAUCAGUCCAAAUAUCCGAGAAGGUUUACUUGAGGCUUUUUAUGGAAUUUAUGAGAAGAAUCCAGACAAGGUCCUUCAAGCAAUGAUUCAAAUGGGUGUUCUUGUCCCAACUGGAGACAUGACUGCUGUUAGACGAACAGCACAGUUCUUCCUCAACAGUUUUGAAGAGCGUUUGGCUGCACAGAGGAGAGAGAGAGAGAUGGCAAAAGCUGAACUUGGAUUUAAAAAGCCAUUAAGCAAAGAGGAAAAAGUAAUGAAGAAGAAAGAACGCUUGGCUGCUAUUGGUGAGGACUUACUAUCCAUUGCAGCAGACCAGCCCUUUCGAUUUCCUGCUACAUUUACAUUUGUUGUUAGAGCUUUCUCAGUAUUGGAUGGCAUUGGAAAGGGCCUUGAUCCUCGUUUUGAUAUUACUGAGAUUGCCAGACCUUAUGCUCUGGAGUUGCUAAAAUUCCGUGAGGCAGGGGUUGAAGUUAUCCUAAAGGACUUCAGAAAGAGAUGGGACAGACAAUCACAAGCAUUUUACAACUUAUUUAGACAGGCUGAUAGGGUGGAAAAGCUUGCGGAAAUCAUUCAAAGAUUGGAGCAAGGUGAUCUAAAGCUCCGAGUCCGAACUUUGGAAUCCGAGAGGGCAUUCCAACGUAUUGCCACUGUCCAAAAGACACUAGGGAAUGCAAUAGCUGCUGGGAGCCUGAUAAAUCUUGCAACAGUUCUGUAUCUCAAUUCAAUUAGGGUGCCUGGCACUAUAGCUUAUGUCUUUUGUGCAAUAUUUGCUUUUCAAGUUCUCUUUGGCCUUGUGAAGAUCAAGAAGCUAGAUGAACGGGAAAGGUUGAUUACAGGAACUGCAUAAGCAACUACUAGACUAAGGGCCUCUCAUUCAUAUGGGUCCUCUGUGCACAUCUUACCCGUCCCAAAGACAUGAUGAUGGAUGAGGCUGGUGUAUUGCACUGCCCUUUUUAAGGCUUAUUUUUCUGGCUUCCCUUUUCCCAUUGGUUAGACAGCAGCAUACAUUUGAGCCUCCUCAGAUCAGACACCACAAUGGUUGGGAACCUUGUGAAUUGGGUCACUCUUUUAUACAGUUCAGUUCUCAAUUUGGAAUUAACCUAUGGUGUUUGAGACUAAAUUUGCAACUUGCAUACUUUUAGUUAGACGUGACAAUUUUACUCGAUGGCAUCGCACUAGUCUUAAGCAUAUUGUGUUCUGAUAUGUAGCUAAUUUUAAGCUCAAAUGAGAAAAUUUUACUUGAUGCAUGCCGCGUGUAUUUAUUUCUUUUGAUUGAUGUUAUGCCAUUACAGAUUUAGGAUGGAUAUGUAGCUAAUAUUAAGCUCACGGUUACAAGUCAACCUCCGGAGCAUCGAAAGGUUUAGGGGCUGAGAGUAAUAGCCAACAACUUGGAAGACAUCAGCAUAUGCAAAAGCUUUAUACUGGCAAGCAUGCUGGAAGCUUCUGUGUUUCGACUACUUUGCUCAAAGGAUCGGCCUGUGAGUUAUAGCCAAUUGGCGGAACCACAUUUUUGUUAUUAAUAUGUACCCAUCCUGCCACUGCCCUGCCCCCUCCCUCCUAAAGCAUAUUCCCAAAGAAUAGUUUAUUAGUGUUGGUGUAGGGUUUGUUGUUGUAACCACCACCUGGUCUGGUGCAGCUUCCACCUUCCAAUAAAAUUUGACAGCGGGAAGCUUUGUUUGUAACUACUGCCUUCAUAAAUUUGUCCAAUGAAAAUGUAAAUGAAAGUAUUUG